CAAUCAGUUAAGGGAGUAAAACGUCAUGCGUGACUCUUGUUUGGCCACCCCUCUUUAGAAAGCCCAUAAUUGCCACAAGUUUAUUUUUGGCCCUGCCCUUUAUUUUGUUAUAUUAACAAUGACCUCUCGUCUUUUAAACUCUGUUUCCAGAGCAAAACCUCUCUCUAAAAAUGCUAUAACACCAAUUAUCAAACGUGCUGAAUCUACUGUUCCUUAUAAUGCAAAGAAUUUUACCAAUGGAUUUCCUACAAUUGUUCAAGAAUAUUCAAAGGCGUCUACAGGACUUUGCAAAAUUACAACACUUCCUAAUGGCAUUCGUGUAGCCUCAGAAAAUACGCCUGGCCAUUUCAGCGCAGUUGGUGUUUAUGUUGAUGCUGGUAGUCGAUAUGAAACCGCUGCUACCCGAGGCGUUAGUCAUAUUUUAGACAGAUUAGCCUUUAAAGGUACAAAAAACCGUUCAGCUGACCAAGUUGUAGCCGAAUUAGAAUCCUUAGGCGGAAACAUUAUGUGUUCUUCCUCUCGUGAAUCCAUCAUGUAUCAAUCAGCAAUUUUCUCUCAAGAUUUAAGCAGAGUCUUAUCACUUUUUUCAGACGUAAUUUGUCAUCCCAUCAUCAACAAGGACGAAGUUGAGGAACAACGCCAGACAGCACUAUAUGAAAUUGACGAAAUCUGGUCGAAACCAGAAAUGAUUCUUCCAGAAAUUUUACACACAGUUGCCUAUGAGGGGAAUACACUUGGUAACCCGUUGUUAUGUCCCCCCGAAAAUUUAGAAUCCAUGACACCUGAAUUAAUUCAAAAUUAUAUGAAGACUUGGUAUAGACCCGAACGUAUGGUUAUUUCCGCUUGCGGUGCUGAACAUGAGCAAGUAGUAGAUUUAGCCCUCAAAUAUUUCGGUGAUGUUCCUAAAUCUACCGAGAAUUUGGACUCUGUGAUGACCCAUAUAGAAGCCUUGAAGAAACAAGCCGAACAAGCUAGAAACGUUUCCGAAAACCACGGUAGCAGGGGUAAUUCAUUUGUAAAGUCUCUCUUCAAAACAAAUCAAAAUCAUCAAAAGGCUAUGACUCCAUUUGAAAUCGCUACACAACCCGCACGUUAUACUGGUGGCAACAGUUUUAUGGAAACUGGACCCGAGAGUCCUUUAACUCAUGUCUAUGUUGCAUUUGAAGGUCUUUCUAUUGAUGAUCCUGACAUUUAUGCUCUUACAACCCUUCAAAUUUUGUUGGGUGGCGGUGGGUCCUUCUCUGCCGGUGGACCUGGUAAGGGAAUGUAUUCUCGUCUUUUCACAAAUGUUUUGAAUCAACAUUAUUGGGUUGAAUCCUGUCAAGCAUUUAAUCAUUGUUACACGGACUCUGGUCUCUUUGGUAUCGCCGGUUCUUGUCAACCUGAAUACGCCAAUGCGCUUGUGCAAGUCAUUUGUCGUGAGUUAGAUAUCGUAGCCAGAGGUGACGUAGGUAAACUUAGUGUGUCUCAAGUGGAAUUAAACCGUGCGAAGAACCAGUUAAAGAGUUCUCUUUUAAUGAAUCUUGAAAGUCGUAUGGUCCAAUUGGAGGACCUCGGUAGACAAAUCCAAGUCCAUGGUAAAAAGACUGGUAUCGAUGAAAUGUUGGCCAAUAUUGAUAAGGUAGAUGUGGAAGAAUUAAGACGUGUUGCCAGUCGUGUUGUACGUGGUGCUGUAAGUGUUUCUAGUGGAGGUUCUGGUAAGGCUACCGUUGUUGUUCAAGGCAACCUUCAAGGUUUGGGUGAUGUCAACAAGACCAUUGAUCAAUUCGGUUUGGGCAGUGGCAACUAAGCAGACGGACCAAGAAACAAGUUAAAUCCAGUCUUGUCUAUUUGUUUUUUCUUAUUUCCUUGCCAUACAUUUUCUUUUUUUAUUAUUAUUAUUUUUUAUAACCCUCCCCCUCCCCCCUCUCUCCUGUGUACAAAACUCCAUGACCUUUAGAAAAAUUAAAAUGUUUAAUAAAACUUGUCGAAAUUUUAUAGAUUGAAUGUGAU